UUAAUACAGUGGCGGUAGAAGCGUAUCCGGCUCUCUGCAUCUUCGGUCUGCAGUUGGAGCACGUAAACUGAAAGAAGUGAAGUUUUGCAGUAUGAAACCGCCGGCUUUUGGCUUAGCUACUGUGUUCCUGCUCAUUCUGCAGUUCUCUACAAGAGUGAAAAGCUCUAUGGUAUGCUUUGCGUGUGGACAGCAAGCCAAUAUCAUUAUCAAUAGCCGAUGUGGGGAUCCAUUCAUAAGCGACACCAACGGCACGAACGCACGCAGCAUUCAGAUCUUACACUGCGACAAUGGAUGUUCAAAGUUUAAGGCAGAGAUAGACGGCCGUCAGCUAGUAAUGAGAGGUUGUGCUUUAACUGGUGUACAAAAGGAACACUGUCGAGAACUGAGACACCAUGGUGUGCUAGGCGAGAUGUGUCAGUGCAGCUCAGACAGAUGCAACACAGCAACCAGUGGAUUUUUCUCUGUCGUUUUUGUUUUUUAUCUGCAGUGCGCCAUAGUUAGUUUAAUAGGCGUCAGUGGGAUGUUCCCUAUAUUAGGGCAGUGACAGUCUCACCUUGUGACAAUCUUAUGCCACUUGUUCUUCGUGAAUAUCAAUGAGCACGCUGUGUAAUACAGAGGGGGUGCAAGCACAUCCCACUCUCUACAUCUCUGGUAUGAACAGUACUAAAACUGUACAGAAUUCUUAAGGGGGGUCACAUUGUGGAACGUUGCAUGUACAUGUGUGCCUUUCCUUUGCGCUUAUUCUUGGGGUGACUUUGCCUGAGAUAUACUCACUCAUGCCAGCGGUGUUGUCUCUCAAGCUACCGUGGAUGCACAAGAAAAAAAGUCACCAUUUUGUCCCUGGUCCGUGCUUAUGGACACACAGUCUAACUGACGAUGCAGUGCCAAGGGAAAUGAUUGCGAUAUUUGGCUGAUACGCCAAACUAGGUUCAUGCUUUACUACAUAAAUCGUAAGUCCUCACACAAGUACAUGUAACAUCUUUGUCUUUACAACGCUUUUGAUAAUACAAAGGCUUAAUAACAAAUCAUCUAUUUUUUCUUCAAUUUUUUAGUCGAUGCCUAAGAUUUAAAUUUAAACUUAAAUUAAGGUACGCCGUGUUGGGUUUUAUGCCACGUGGAAAAUUACCUUAAAUGGGUUAGCUUCUUAUUUCUUUGCUUCCUGUGUUGAAUAAACAUAUU